AGGGUGGAGAAAGAAAAAGAACCGGACGAAUCAGAUUCAGCGUCUUCGUCUCGUCAUAUGCUGUGUCGACAUGGAGGAACCAGAUUCAGCAGCGACGAAGAGACUAGAGGCCCGCUAGACCAAGCGAGCGAGCAUCAGGCGCAAAUGGCGGCUAUGCCAUCCCUGUACCGGCGGGUCCUCCCGUCCCCACCGGCGGUGGAUUUCGCCUCGCCGGAGGGCAAGCGCCUCUUCGCGGAGGCCCUCGCAGCCGGCACCAUGGAGGGCUUCUUCUCCCUCGUCUCCUGCUUCCAGACGCAGUCCGAGCCUGCAUUCUGCGGCCUCGCCUCCCUCGCCGUCGUCCUCAACGCGCUCGCCAUCGACCCGGGCCGCCGCUGGAAGGGCCCCUGGCGGUGGUUCGACGAGUCCAUGCUGGAUUGCUGCGAGCCCCUCGACAAGAUCAAGGCCCAGGGCAUCACCUUCGGCAAGGUCGCCUGCCUCGCGCACUGCUCCGGCGCCAAGGUCCAGUCAUUCCGCACCAACCGGGCCACUAUCGACGACCUCCGCCGCCAUCUCAUCCGCUGCGCCUCCUCCCAGGACUGCCAUCUCAUCGCCUCCUACCACAGGAAGCCUUUCAAACAGACCGGAACCGGACAUUUCUCCCCAAUCGGUGGCUACCACGCUGGACAGGACAUGGCGCUCAUCUUGGAUGUCGCCCGAUUCAAAUACCCUCCUCAUUGGGUUCCAUUGCCACUUCUUUGGGAAGCCAUGAAUACGACUGAUGAGUCAACCGGACUUCUUAGGGGGUUCAUGCUUAUAUCAAGGUCCACUGCAGCUCCUUCAUCACUGUACACAGUGAGUUGCAGAGAUGAAAGCUGGAAAAGCAUGUCAAAGUAUUGCGCUGAAGAUUUACCAAAUCUUUUGAAGGCUGAGAGUUUAGAAAAUGUUCCAACACUUUUGUCCUGUUUAAUUAAUUCUCUUCCAGCUAAUGCUGGAGCUUUGGUCAAAUGGGUUGUUGAAGUUAGGAGAAAAGAGGAUGGUAGGCCAACCUUAAGCAAAGAGGAGAAAGAAAGGCUCUCUUUGAAGGAAAGUGUAUUACAGCAAGUCCGUGAUACCAAACUAUUUAUGAUAGUCCAUGACCUGCAAUGUGCUAAUAUCCAAUGUUGCAAUUGCUCAUCGUCAAGUGAAGAAGAUUCCAUUACUAGAAUUGCAGCCGCUAUGUGCUGUCAAGGAGCCGCAAUGCUAUCAGGGAACCUUGCAUCAAGUGAUUGUUUCUGCUGCAGAGAAACAUGUUUCAAAUGUGUUCAAGCGAAUGGUGAUUGUCCUAAGACUGUUAUCUCAGGCUCCGUGGUAUCUGAAGGGAAUGAACAGGGUGUUGAUAUGCUUUUACCAAUGUCCCCUCGCAGUACAAGUUCGUGCUAUUCAAACUUGAGUAAUGAAAUCAUGAAAUAUCCAUCAAGUGCAGAUGUUCUAACUGUUCUACUGCUGGCUUUACAUCCCAGCACAUGGUUGGGCAUCAAAGAUGAGAGGCUGAAAGCUGAAUUUCAGACUCUUGUUUCAACAGACGAUCUACCUGAUGUUCUUAGACGGGAGAUAUUGCAUCUAAGGCAGCAACUCUGUUAUCUGAAGUCUUGUAAAGAAGAGGACUUUGAAGAUCCGGUGCCACCAUCACCUUAGCAGUUUGUGCUAAAGUAGUAAUCCACUCACUUGGUUAGAUUAGUUACUUGAAAUUGAUGUCAAGAGAAAAAUUACGAGUGGUUCCUGGCAAUCACAUGAGCAGAGUCAUAUUAGUAAUUAAAUAAAAAAUAUCUUAUUGAUCAGUGCCUUAUAAUCAGUAAUGAUGUUGCUUUAAGAGAGGCUAUUGUUCUUUCUUAAAUGAAGAUGUUGUAGUUCUUGAAGAUCACGAAACUCUUUCUUCUUAAAUUGCUUUUGUGCUAAACCCUAUUGUCUUAUUCUCUCUACUCCAAAUAGAUUAUUUUCUCUAUGAACGUACUGUAUGUGAUGUUUAUUCAUAAAGAGAAAUGCUGUAACAAAUGUGAUCUUGUACAUGUUGAUCUUUACACAGAAGUGGAAUGUAGUAGCUUGUAGGAAUAUUUGUAACUUGUAAUUCAUAGAA